AACUCCAGGCUGUCAUGGCGGCAGGACGGCGAACUUGCGGUAUCUCCACGACCCGCCCCUACAGGUGCCAGCGCCUCCGGAAUGUGGCGGUUCACAAGCCUUCUGCUGUUCGUGGCCACCUGGGGAAUUUCCAGCACACCAGCUCCUCUCGCCUCAGUGUUCUCCAGCAGCGAGCGUGCCCACCAGGUGCUGCGGAUCCGCAAACGCGCCAACUCCUUCCUGGAGGAGCUCCGUCCCAACAGCCUGGAGCGGGAGUGCAUAGAGGAGAUCUGUGACUUCGAGGAGGCCAAGGAAAUUUUCCAAAAUGUGGAUGACACACUGGCCUUCUGGUCCAAGCACGUCGACGGUGACCAGUGCUUGGUCUUGCCCUUGGAGCACCCGUGCAGCAGCCUGUGCUGCGGGCACGGCACGUGCAUCGAUGGCAUCGGCAGCUUCAGCUGCGACUGCCGCAGCGGCUGGGAGGGCCGCUUCUGCCAGCGCGAGGUGAGCUUCCUCAACUGCUCGCUGGACAACGGCGGCUGCACACACUACUGCCUGGAGGAGGUGGGCUGGCGGCGCUGCAGCUGCGCGCCCGGUUACAAGCUGGGGGACGACCUCCUGCAGUGUCAGCCCUCAGUGAAGUUCCCUUGUGGGAGGCCAUGGAGGCGGAUAGAGAAGAAGCGCAGUCACCUGAAACGACGAGACACAGAAGACCAAGAAGACCAAGUAGAUCCACGGCUCGUUGACGGGAAGAUGACCAGGCGGGGAGACAGCCCCUGGCAGGUGGUCCUGCUGGACUCAAAGAAGAAGCUGGCCUGCGGGGCAGUGCUCAUCCACCCCUCCUGGGUGCUGACAGCGGCCCACUGCAUGGAGGAGUCCAAGAAGCUCCUUGUCAGGCUUGGAGAGUAUGACCUGAGGCGCUGGGAGAAGUGGGAGCUGGACCUGGACAUCGAGGAGGUCUUCAUCCACCCCAACUACACCAAGAGCACCACCGACAAUGACAUCGCACUGCUGCGCCUGGCCCAGCCCGCCACCCUCUCGCAGACCAUCGUGCCCAUCUGCCUCCCGGACAGCGGCCUUGCAGAGCGCAAGCUCACUCAGGCCGGCCAGGAGACCCUCGUGACGGGCUGGGGCUACCACAGCAGCCGAGAGAAGGAGGCCAGGAGAAACCGCACCUUCGUCCUCAACUUCAUCAAGAUUCCCGUGGUCCCGCGCAAUGAGUGCAGCGAGGUCAUGAGCAACAUGGUGUCUGAGAACAUGCUGUGUGCGGGCAUCCUCGGGGACCGGCAGGACGCCUGCGAGGGCGACAGCGGGGGGCCCAUGGUCGCCUCCUUCCAUGGCACCUGGUUCCUGGUGGGCCUGGUGAGCUGGGGUGAGGGCUGUGGGCUCCUUCACAACUACGGCGUUUACACCAAAGUCAGCCGCUACCUCGACUGGAUCCACGGGCACAUCAGAGACAAGGAAGACCCCGCGAAGAGCUGGGCACCUUAGCGACCCUCCCUGCGGGGCUGGGCUUUUGCAUGGCGAUGGAUGGGACAUUAAAGGGUCAUGUAACAAGCAUACCGCCUGCUGUUCUCUGUCCUUCCAUCCCUCUUCUGGGCGCUUCUGGAGGGAAGUACCAUUUAUUGAGCACCUAUUGUAUGUCACAUGCCUUAUAAAUAGAAUCUCAACUCCCAGAGCAACUCUGUGGGGUGGGGAGGAGCAGAUCCAAGUCUGGCAGGGUCUAAAGCUGUGUGUGUUGGGGGGGAUACUGUGUUUAUGAAAAAGAAUAAAAAACACAACCACGAA